AUGCUCAACCUUGGGAGAAAGGCCCUGAUUGGGAUCCUCCUUGUAGAGUCCUUUGGCUCAGCUAUUGCUCUGCCUCCUCGACCUCUGACGGCCAGGUCACAUGAAGUCUUCGCUCAGGGCCAUCACGUCAAGCAGAGGGACAAUUUGUCUCCUUAUGCUGGACUCUUCGUUCGGGAUGAUGAUGAUGAUGAUCGUGAGUCGCAACAACACUACCAGGACUUGGUCAUGAUCUCACUGCUGACUGGUACCAAAGCACCAAAGCCACCGAAUGGUCCGCCCCGGCCUGAUAAUAAUCCGGCACCACCGCGUCCUCCUCAAAGAGAUGAGGAUGAUGACGAUGAUGCCCCCGGUCAGACGGAUAUGGAUGACUAG